AGCUUAAAGCUUUUGUUCAAGAAAAUAGUGAAAAUCGUCAGCUUUGUGCAAAAAAACUUGCAACUGUUUGGACAGCUUGUACAAAAAAAACCAUUUCUGCAUUUACUAUACGUCAUACCUCCAAAAAAGUUGGACUUAGUGCUCGUAUUCCUCAUCACAAACCUGCAAUGACAGAAGCAUAUUGUCAAACUCGACUCAAAUAA